GCAUUCAACAAAGUUUCUUGAAUGUUGGUAACACCACAUUUUACCAUUCAAAAUCAUUCAACACCUAUACACAGACACAUUCAUAAUCGCUCUCAUAAUGGCUGCUGGCUUUUAACAGACAUUGGUGAUAAGAAAAAAGUGAAUAAUUUGUAGUUGAAUCAAGUUUCGCUAUUAGUUGGAAUUAUACUUCAAAACCAGCAGCAAUUUGUCGAUAAAACUCUGAUCACAUUUUCAAUGCCACAAGAUGUCUCUUUGGAAUAGGUUGAUCCAACAUCCAGGCUUUGAGCGCGUCAAAACCCUGUACAACGAACAAUUUCCACUUGAAGUGCGAUUCGUGUGCGCGGAAUGGAUCGAAGAACGAAUUAAGACAGAUUUAUUCAUAGACAUCAAUGAUCCGCAAAUUGAACAGAAGGCCGCAAAUUUCUUGCACACAUUAAUCCAGCAGCUGGAAAAUGAAAAACAGAAACUGAAACGGGCUGAAGAGCUUUCGAUUAAAUAUCGAUUGGAUGAAGCAAUUCAAACGUUCACCCAGCAUCUGUACCAUCCGUUUGCAAUUUAUAAACAGAUUCGGGAUGCCAUUUCGUACGAACAGCAUUUUCUGGAAAAUUUCUGUGACAAUCAGCAAAUCAACUACAUGGAUCAGGAAGCCAUUGAGAUCAAGGACAAAUUGAAAGCUUUAAAAACCCAAAUGCAGAGCAAUAAGGAAAAGCAAACCAAGUACAAGCAUGAUAUCGAAAAUUACAAAGUGCUUGAGUACAGCGAAACGUCGAACAAAAUGCUUCAACUAAGCAAUACACAGGAGGACGAACGUCGCCGUUUGGCCUUUUUAGAGGAAGUUCGGCAGAAAAAAUGCUUGCUGUUCGAAUCGAUCAGUGCUCGUGCAAUUGAUUUGUAUCAGAGCUUCGCGACGAUGAUCGUCGACAUUGACGGCGUCCAGAAGACGGUCAUUUUGAAGCGGCUCGGCAAAUGGCAACGUGAUCAGGCGUUGGCUGGCAACGGUGCACCGUUAAAUGGAAACACGUUGGACGAAAUUCAGACGUGGUUUGAGGUAUUGGGCGAAGUUAUAUGGAAUACGCGCCUCUGCAUUGAAGCGACACGCGAAAUAAACAGCGGCCUUCCACUGAACAUGAACAUGGGUGAUGUGAUCGAACGUGCAUACAGGGAAAUUACUACAUUGCUGCAAAAUUUAAUUGUUUCGGGAUUUAUUGUCGAGAAACAACCACCGCAAGUGAUGAAAACGAACACCAGAUUCGCUGCGACCGUUCGACUUCUCACUGUCAAUCUUGGCAUUCAAAUGAACAAUCCAUCGGUCGUCGUAUCCAUUUUAUCAGAGUCUCAGUCCCAGGCCCAGCAACAAAAUCACCUUAAGCCAUUAGAUGAAGCUUCCGGCGAAAUUCUGAACAAUACUGGCAAUCUGGAAAUGCAACAGUCUACACGCCAUUUAUCGUGCAAUCUAAGAAAUAUGCAAUUGAAAAAAAUCAAACGAGCCGAAAAGAAAGGAACUGAAUCAGUCAUGGACGAAAAAUUUGCGUUACUCUUUAAAUCAACCUUUCAAACGGCCGACAUUCGAAUAAACGUCUGGGUGAUGUCGCUACCAGUAGUCGUAAUCGUUCAUGGCAAUCAAGAACCACAAUCUUGGGCCACAAUAACCUGGGACAAUGCAUUUUCCGAAAUUAGUCGUGUACCAUUUCAUGUGGUAGACAAAGUCAAUUGGUCUCAUAUGGUCAGCGCAUUGAACAUGAAAUUCACAUGCCAAACUGGCAGAGGUUUAACGGCCGAAAAUUUAUAUUAUUUAUGCGAAAAAGCUUUCCGAACAACCGUCAAUUUCGAUCCAAAUGACCGGCCAAUAUCAUGGUCUCAAUUCUGUAAAGAACCGUUGCCGGAACGAACGUUCACAUUUUGGGACUGGUUCUAUGCCGUUAUGAAAUUGACCAGAGAUCAACUGCGAGGACCGUGGACCGAAGGUCUCAUUAUCGGCUUCAUAAAUAAACGGCAAGCCGAGGAGAAAUUGUUACAAUGUCCACCUGGAACGUUUCUAUUGCGUUUCUCAGACAGUGAGCUCGGUGGUAUAACCAUUGCUUGGGUGGAAAAUGCUCCGAAUCCACAAAUUGUUAUGUUGCAGCCAUUCUGUAGUAAAGAUUUUGGAAUCCGAUCGCUGGGAGAUCGCAUUAAAGAUCUACCUCAAUGUGUAACUCUAUAUCCAGACAUACCGAAAGACAGUGCCUUCGGAAAUUAUUACAGUCCAAUUGAAACAACGACCAACGGUUAUGUGAAACCGAUUCUGAAGACUACGGUUCCUGAUGACACCAAUCGGAUGCUCAGUAAUCCGAACACACCGCAGCAUAGCAGCUGGCAAUCGCCAGAUCACACUAGAGACACGUCAUCGGUUCAAAGUAUGGUACCAGAGUAUUUACCAAGUUUUGACGAAAUGAACGAUGAUGAAUUAAUGUUUGGAUGAACGAGUGUAUUCUAAUAAAUGAAAUUAGGUUGGUUCUGUUGACAAUAACAUCCAUCAACGAAAAAAAAACACACAAAAAAUAUAUUUAAAAACAAAAAUUUCUAAAAAGGAGAUAGAAUUUAAUUUCAACAAAAAAUUCGCACAGAAGAGAGUUUAUUAUUUUGUUUCGUACGCAUAUAAGGCUAUAUGUAAUAAUUUUCUUAAGUUUUUUCUUUCUUUUUACUGCGGAAUUAAAUUUUUAUUUUUUAUUUUUUAUUUUUCUCCUCUAAUUUAAGUAUUAAUUUGUAACUACGGGCGUCUCAUGUUGUGAGAUUGACAAACAAACAAAAAAAAUAAAUGUUUUGUAAACUUAGCUGUUCUUUUAUAACGUUAUUUCUGGUACAUUGUAUCGGUAUAGAUCAACCAUCUUUUUGCUAACUGGAUUUCACAAAUGUUUUUUUUUUUGUUAAUGUUCCAAACAAGUACAACCCAAACGCACAAAACCCACAUAGUCAACAAAAGAUAGCUCAAACGAAAAUCAAAAAUUCAGAUCGUCGUCCCUUUUACAACUUGUUCGUCGGUUCGCUAAAAAUGUUCCGCGUAUUGUGCUUCUGUUUCGGUCAAUUAUGGACCAAUGUAUGUUGGACAGAUUUUGGUUUAACGUUGGUUUGGUUAGGAAAUUUUUGAAGUUGCAUUCGAAGACAAGAGGAAAGUGAAUAGCGCGUCAGAUUUGUAUGCAAGCUUAAGUUUUGGCAUUGAGUCUGAGCUUUUGCAGAUAGAUUGACAUCAUUUUCUUUCUCAUCACAUCGUGAACGUAUUUUGAAAUUAGUUUUUAAAAAGUUAUGAACGGUACAUAACGUUCAUUAAACUGUAGCACUCAAUUAAAGUUUAAAAAAAAGUUGAUUUUGUUAAAAUAGAAAUUCAGCAUUAAAAUUCUUCCGGAUUUUGUGAGUGAUUUUCAAAACUGCGACAGAUCGUAUGAACGCAUGGUUCGUGUGUACCCUGAAAAGGUUUUACUCGUUCACUCAUUGGCUAAUAUAGCACAAGAACAUUCACUGGAUUCUGAAUCCAGCUGUAUCGGCUGAUUACUAGAACGCUUGGCUCGUCAUAUGCCUGGAAAAUGUUUUCUUCUACUCUCGGAACUGUAUCGAAACGGUAUUAAGGUACAGUAUAACGUAAAUUGUACUGUUAAAUCAAUAUUUUGAUUAGCGUACCAGCGUGAUGAAAAAUGCUGAUCUUUUUAUUAAAUUUUCUGAAUUAAAUUCUGCGUCGGUUCUCUAUAAAAACGCUCUAAUCUUACAAUUAUGUGUUCAUUAGUUUUUGCUGAAUUCUUCAUCUCCAAUGCGAGUUUCAAUCUCGUCAUCUACAGAUACCCCUUGUUUCCUUCACCUAUGACCUGUUUUGAUUCGAAUGAACUUAUGUUGAAAGCGUUUUCAGUUGUCUUAUUCACAAACGUUUUUCUCUUCCUUUUAAAUCAUAAUACGGGUGAAUCAUAAAGUUCAAAUUUAAUUUUUAAUUUCAUUGGUUUUUCUCUGAAGAAUUCUCAUGAAAAAUAAAAACUUCAUUUUUGUUUAAGAAAACUGAAAGAAGAAGAAGAAGAAGAAGCUAAAACUACACAAUCAUAUUUCUCUUCGUGAUAACGCAAUCAAACUUUGUUAAUGCUAUCGAAAAUUCUCCGUGUUGAUUUUCAUUAUUUUUUUUUAUUUAAUUUUUAAGUCGAAAAGUGUUAUUUACAACUAAGAUUUGAAAUGCAAAAUUUUGUUUUUGUUUAAAUCGCGAUCAAGAACAAGAAAAAAAAAUCUUUAUUUUACGCAAUUAUUAAGUGUCUUGGGUGCCAUAAAAACAUCCUCAUUAUAUAAAAGAGAAACGAAAUGUCUAUUGUGUAAUGUAUGUACUUAAUAAGCGUUUUAAAAUAAUUACACAUUAUAAGUGUUGCAUUUUCGACAAACCCAAAUAUUGAUCUAUAGUUCCCAAAAGUGGAAGUACAACAAACAACAAUACGUUAGAAACUU